UAGAAUAUACUUGAAAUUGUAGCUCGAUAUCCAAAUCAUAUAAUUAUAAUUGUCGAUAGCAAUGUCUCAAGAUCCAAGUUCAAUAAACGGUGGUUCUGCCGUUGCAAUGAUAGGAAAAGAUUGUUUAGCAAUUGCCUGUGAUUUACGAUUGGGAAGUCAGUCUCUAGGAGUCUCAAACGAUUUUGAAAAAAUAUUCAAUUAUGGACCUAAUGUAUUUUUGGCAUUAUGUGGGUUGGGCACCGAUGUAAUUACAUUGAAUGAGGUUUUUAGAUAUAAGACCAAUUUGUAUAAAUAUAAAGAAGAAAGGACUAUUGAACCCGAGACAUUUGCUAAUUUGGUUUCAUCAAGUUUAUAUGAAAGAAGGUUUGGGCCAUAUUUUGUAAGUCCUAUUGUUGGUGGAAUAAAUUCCAAAACAGGGAAACCCUUUAUUUGUUCAUUUGAUUUAAUCGGAUGUAUUGAUUUCACCAAAGAUUUUGCAGUGGCAGGUACAGCAACAGAUCAAUUAUACGGUAUGUGCGAGAGUUUGUAUGAACCAAAUUUGGAACCAGAAGAUUUAUUUGAGACCAUUUCUCAAGCGUUAUUAAAUGCAGUCGACAGAGACGCAUUAAGUGGUUGGGGUGCAGUUGUUUAUCUUAUUACAAAAGAUAAAGUUGUCAAAAGAUUAUUGAAGACUCGUCAAGAUUAAACGACAAUAAUAAUGAUCAAGAUAUUAUUAUAAAUCUUUACUAUAGAUUACCAGUUAUUUAAUACAUCACAUAUCUUAAUGUUAUUUUGUUGUAAAAUUUAAAGAAUAAUAAGAAAACCUGGGAGAAAAAAAAAGAUGUAAGCUAUUUAGCAUUUUCCCCAACUUAUAUACAUGAAUAUUGAAUUUAUUGGCAUGAAAUGUAAAGCCAUCAAGACUAAGAAAGAUUGUGAUAAGACCUUCUAGCGUCGUGAAGCUUUCAUUCGAGUGAAGACCUCGAGACAAUGCUACCACAUUGUUUAUUUAUUUUGUUGUUCUUUUUCUUGCUCCUUCAUUUUCUGCAACUGUAUAUCAAUGAUUUUCUUUAACCUUAGGUUUUCUCCAUAUUCCUCCUCUUCCAUUUGUCUCCAUCUCUCUUCAACUUUCUUGUGCUUGAGUUUUCUUUCGUUCAACUUCUCAA